AUGUGUGGAAUUUUCGCCUGCCACCGCCAUCCUGAUGUCCAAAAGUUCAAACCGACUGCCCUGAAGAUGGGCAAGGCCAUGCGUCACCGUGGCCCCGAUUGGAGUGGCAACGUCAUCGCCAACCACACCAUCCUUGUCCACGAGCGUCUGUCCAUCGUCGGCGUUGAGUCCGGCGCCCAGCCGCUCGUCAACGAGGAUGGCAACAUCUCACUUGCUGUCAACGGAGAGAUUUACAACCACAGGGUGCUGAGGAAACAGCUGAAGCAGCCCUACAACUUCAAGACCCACUCGGAUUGCGAGGUCAUUAUCCCUCUGUACCUGGAGCAUGACAUCGACGCCCCCAAGCACCUGGACGGCAUGUUCUCGUGGGUUCUGCACGACAAGGCCAAGGACAGGGUCAUUGCCGCCCGCGACCCCAUCGGUGUCACUUCCAUGUACAUGGGCCGGUCGAGCACCAUUCCCGGCGCCGUCUUCUUCGCCUCGGAGAUGAAGUGCCUGCAUCCCGUGUGCGACAACAUCAUCACCUUCCCUCCCGGGCACGUCUACGACUCCGAGACUGACAAGCUUACUCAAUACUACACUCCCCAGUGGCUCGUGGAGCCCAGCAACAUCCCUUCGACCCCGGUCGACCUCAAGGCCGUGAGGCACUCGCUGGAGAAGUCUGUGAGGAAGAGGCUGAUGGCUGAGGUGCCAUUCGGUGUUCUUCUGUCUGGUGGUCUGGAUUCGAGUUUGGUUGCCUCCAUUGCCCAGAGGGAAAUUCAGAGGGUCAACGAGGUUGCGAAGAUCCAGAGGGACGACAACACCACUGGCGAUCUGGUCGGUAUCGACGACGACAACCGUCUGACCACCGUUCAGAUGCUCCCUGAGCUGCACUCUUUCUCCAUCGGUCUGCCCGGUGCUCCCGACACCAAGGCCGCCGAGGAGGUUGCCAAGUUCCUGGGCACCAGGCAUCACAGUCUUACUUUCACGCUGGAGGACGGUCUUAACGCCCUUUCGGAUGUCAUUCACCACCUCGAGACGUACGAUGUCACCACCAUCCGUGCCUCGACACCAAUGUUCUUGCUCAGCCGUAAGAUCAAGGCCAUGGGUGUGAAGAUGGUGCUGAGUGGCGAGGGUUCCGACGAGAUUUUCGGUGGUUACCUUUACUUCCACGCUGCACCGGACAAGAAGGAGUUCCACGAGGAGACUGUGCGUCGUGUCAAGAACCUGCACCUGGCUGACUGCCUGCGUGCCAACAAGUCGACGAUGGCCUGGGGUGUUGAGGCACGUGUUCCUUUCCUGGACAGGGAAUUCCUGCAGCUUUGCAUGAACAUCGACCCUCAGGACAAGAUGAUCACGAAGGAGAAGAUUGAGAAGUACAUCCUCCGCAAGGCUUUCGACACGACCGACGAGCCGGAGACCAAGGCAUACCUGCCCGACAAGAUCCUAUGGAGGCAGAAGGAGCAGUUCUCGGAUGGUGUCGGGUACGGCUGGAUUGACGCUCUCAAGGACAACGCCGAGCUGCAUGUCAGCGACGAGGACAUGAAGAACCCCAAGCCUCACUGGGAUGACGUUCCCGACACCAAGGAAGCUUACUGGUACCGGUGCAUGUUCGACGAGCACUUCCCGCCAUACUGCGCUGGUACGGUGCAGAGAUGGGUACCUACUUGGUCGAAACAGACGGAUCCCAGUGGCCGUGCCAUCAAGACUCAUGAGCAGGCAUACAAGGAGUAA